AUGGUGCAGAUUCACGGCCUCCAUGUGUCAGAACUCAAUGGGGAGCCAUCUUUGGGACGACAUGUUGGUACCGGUCCGGUGCAUACCAGCUUUGAGCAGGGCUCAGCCCUGCAACAGCACCUGGAUAGCCUUCGUAGUUCCAUCGACUCCAUGAAUGCUGCGUGGGGGAAAAGCCGAGAAGUCAUGGAGCGGACGUAUGGAAAAGCCCACGUGUUGAAGCAGCAACUGGAUUCGACUUGGCAGGCUGGGCAAUCUGCGCUCGACGCAGCUUGCCGGAGACUCCGGGAUAACUUAGACAAGGCUGGUGAGGACCGGAUUCUUUGUGAGGAAGCACAGUCCAGCGUGACCGAGGGCUUGCCGGCACUAUUCCUGAAACGCUUCAAGGAUCCGAUGCGCUUUGCCAACUUUCAAGGAGGAGUGAUCCAUGGAUGCCAGCCCUCGAAGUUCGGCGCACCUUCAGAUGAGUGCAACUGCCCCAGCGGUCAUGAGGAGCUGGGGUGUCAAGACUCGGCAGAUUCCUCGAGCUUCGAGCUGAAAUGCAGCAACCUGCUGAACACACAGAUUCCAACCUCCGGCGCCGUGGAUUUCUUCAAGUCUGGCGGAGCGUGCCACAUCACGCAAGAGGAUGAAAUCGUCAAGCAGGUCGUUGAUGACGACAUGCUGAAGCAUUUGGAGACGUCGGCGAUGCCCGUGGGCUUCUUCGCACUUCCAUGCUACGUGGCCACCUCUGAACAAUGCUUUCAGAGGAAUGGUCUGUCCCGACGGCAUUUCCGGAAGCAGGCGGCGCACAACUUCAUCUGGGUGGCCAGUAGGCACCAGACCGACCAACCGCUUGAUUGCGAUUGA